GGGUCUAGGUUACGCUUCUCCGAAAAAAGAAAAAAAAAAGUCCUCGACAUAAGUAGGAAGAAUCGUUUAUCAGGCCAAAUCUUCUUUCUUUUUUGCAGAUCUACACUGAUCGCGAGAGAUGGUCUUUAUCAUCUAGAAGGGAAUCUUCGCUUUUGCUUAUAUUAGGCCGCUUCUGGGUCUUCAUUCCCUGCCCGCAACAUGACCGAGGUCGUGAGACAAUCAAGUGACGCCGUCAAAAGGUCCCGCGCGUCUGAAUACUCUCAGAAGGAUUUGAGUCCUAUGGAGCGCGAGAGAUCGAAGAAGCGCCGUCUCUCCCGCGAGAAUGGCCGUGCUUCGCGCCCUGUUAUCCCUGAGUCUCGCGAAGAUCCUUCCGCGAAUGGCCGCGCCUCGACCGCUGUUGAAGUUACUCAAUCGGGGGGGGAAUUUGAGAAAGCAGCCAGAAAUUCUCGGACACCGUGGUCGCUGUCGCAGGUUGUCGGUGGUCGUUAUUCCGACCUGGACCCAGUUUUCAGCGUUGACGAGAAGUUUAUAUUCCUAGCUUUGGAAAAAGCCAUUCACAUCUUCUCUACCUCUACGUCCCGUUUAUUUCGAACUUUGCAAUUAGAAGCAUCAGCAAAGAUUGUCGGAUAUCAGCUCUCGCCUACUAAUGACGAGCAUCUCUAUGUCUUCACGUCAUCUGGCUCUGUGAGAAAAUGGGAUUGGACUUCUUCAAGGCAGAUCUCUUCGUGGGAAACAUCAUGCAAGACCUUUUGCGCCAGGAUAUGUUCCACCCAUAUUGGCACAGAAGUUCACGACGCAUUCUAUUCCUUGCGCCAGCGCAAGGACGGGCGACGGGAGUUGGCAAUAAAUAUCUUGAAGGAUGGGGAUGCGGACGUGGAACCUGCUGGUUUCGUGGCUCUUGAGACGAGCAGACCAGUCAAGCACAUUACACUCUCUAACCAGGGCCAUGCCGUCAUCAUCUCUGAUGGUCAACAUAUCUUUGUCGGCAGUAGAAAGGCCGCAGACCUGGCAUCCCCAGAAAGCUUCCAUUACACCUGGAGGGAGCUUAGUUUGCCCGUGACUGCGACUUGCUUCGAUAUCCGUGAGAGUUUGCCUGCAGAAGGAUCGAAGAUUGCGUUGUCAAAGGCUAGACAAGCUUCGCCUGCAGUAGAUCUUGUGCUGGGUGACUCUUCCGGAUCCAUUUUGAUCUAUCAUGACAUUGUGAACUCCCUCUCUCAGAGAGAAAAUGCGCAAGAAAGCGAGGUCCGCUCUUUGGUCUUCAGAAAAUUACAUUGGCAUAGAGGCGCAGUUACUGCUGUCCGCUGGUCUCGAGAUGGAAACUACCUUAUUUCUGGAGGCUCAGAGUCUGUCAUGGUUCUCUGGCAAUUGGAUACUGGCCGAAAGCAGUUCCUGCCACAUCUGUCCGCGCCCAUCUCUAACAUUAUCAUCUCUCCGACCGGAAAUUCGUACGCAGUUAAACUGGCUGAUAAUACCGUCAUUGUCUUGUCAGCCACAGAGUUACAGCCAUCUUCUGCUAUAAUUGGUCUGCAGCUUCCGUCUUCGAGGACAGCCCAGACAACGAACCCCGCAAAGUCUGCCGGCAGUUCAACACGGAUCCUCGAUGCGAUUCCUGCCGUCCUCCACCCACGAAAUCCUGACCAUCUUCUUGUUGCUGUCCCUGCUUCUCAAACUGCUGGUGAGGGAAAGGACAAGACAACCGACUUGUGUUUUUUGCAGACAGUGGAUAUCCGCACCGGCUCUCAUCUCUCCCGACAAGCUCUCGCUCGCACUAAUGUUACUGUGCUGAACACGGGACCAGAAGGCACAAAGAUCUCACCCCCUGACGUCAAAUUUGUGGAAAUCACCCAUGAUGGGCAAUGGUUGGCUACCGUGGACGACUGGCUGCCAUCUCCCCAAGAUGCCACGGCAUUCGAUCCUUGCCAUGAGGGUAAGGGGCCAAGCGUUGGCUAUUCUAGGGAGACAUUUUUGAAGUUCUGGAUGUGGAAUGAUUCAACUAAGCUGUGGGAAUUGGUCACUCGCAUCAACGAGCCCCAUAGCCGAUUACAAGGGGGCGCGAUGUCGGUCCUUAGCUUAGCAUCACGGCCCAAUGCCCAUGAGUUUGUGACUCUGGGCGCUGAUGGCAUUCUACGAUUUUGGGAUGCAGUGCCGAGGCAUCAAAGUCACAUAAAGCCACGGACAGAUGCCGCUCAGCCACAGGAGACAUGGAGAUGCCGACGCUCUGUGAAUUUGAAGAGUAGGACAGAUGGCAGCCUCUCCUUCCAAGUAGCUUCUAUGGGCUUUUCAGAAGAUGGUUCGGUUCUCGCUGUUUGCUUACCGUCGCAGUCAUCCGUCAGCACCGGCUCUGUUCACUUGAUCGAUGCUGAUGUAUGUGAAAUACGCCAGAGCCGAGAAGGAUUGUUCUCCGGCAAUCCAUGUGGUGUUAGAUUUCUAGGACAGCACCUUAUUGUUGCCUCAGAACAGUCACUGUCGGUCUGGGAUACUGUCAAUGAUGUGACCAAAGCCAUCGAGCUGGGCGGUUCUGGAACCGCCGACUCAGCCACUCUAGGAUCUCCAAUCCUGCUUUCUGUCAAUCGCAAGACUAACAGCUUUGCGAUUAUUACAGGUCGCUUUGGUACGGCUAGUGCCAACCAGUCGAGCAAGCGACGACAUAAGACAAGAUUCUACAUUGAUAUAUACAAUCUUCGGUCUUCGAGACCCGUAUUUCAAUCAGUGUUGCGAUGCCACCCGCUUGCAUUGCUCCCUGAUUCAGCGACAGGCGACUACAUCGUUAUAGAUACGUCAGCAUAUGUGCAGCGAAUCGGAUGUUCCAGUACGGGUGCUGAACCUGCAGUCUCAUCCAACGAGCUAUCGUCUUAUAUGAAGACAGAACUGGAUGGACUAUUUGGCUGGCAGGCACCAAAGAACGCUCCCGCGCCAGAUUCACUGCCCAAUGAAGGUGCAAGAUCGGGUUCUAAUGAUUUGGGGGAUAUCUUCGGUUCUGCACCUCCUUACUUGUUGUCUCCUGUCAGCGUCCUUUUCAGAGAUGUUGUUGGCGCCUUUGUCAGUAAAUAGUGUUACUGAGAAUAGUUUGUACAUGAAGUACACCAUUUCAUAGGCGUAUCUCAAGAAGAUUACAAUUGCCAC